AUGGGACAUCUAAGAAAAGACUAUCCAAAAAGGGUAACCGCAGCCCCACCCCCAAAGACAACAGCACCAAUACAGCCAAACAACAAGAAAACAUAUGCAAAGGCAGUAGCACAACCUACCCCUGUCCACUACCCCCAUCCAUUCAGACAGACUCCACUGAGUCACACAACAAAUGUCCACCCCAACCCAGGAAGCUCAGCAAGAUG